AACAUUUAUCAAAGUUCGAUUUGGGAAUACAGUUUUUAUUGCACCAAUGUCUGAUUAAGACAUAAUUUAUGUGAUCCAUAGAUGAUUACCAGGUCAAGAAAAAGUGUCAUUCUCAUUCUUUUAAUUUUACCCAUCCUGGUCAAUUUUGCACAUCUGGCGGAGAUCAAAUAUAAAUGCGUGGGCUGAAUCACUGGUUAAUAUCCCUUUUUCAACAUUCAACAACUCGCAUUCACAGCUAAUAUGAUCAGUCCAAAAGAAUUAUAAACCAGUUUCAAACUAGUCAUUGAAAACAAGAACACUGGCAGGAUGCACUUGCUAGAACAAAAGAUGAAGGCAUGGAAACAGGUGAAGGCAUGGAAGGCCCAUUCUCAUGCAUUGUGUGGAACAAUUCUCCUUUUAAUUGUUUCCCUGAUGUACAUGAGCUCCAACAAUGAAUUCCAUGUACAAAGUGGGUCUUUUGCAUCUGGUACCUGCCAGGGAAAGCGGAUCUACAUGUACAAUCUGCCGGACAAAUUCAACACAUUAAUCCUGAAAAACUGCAGUGGGCAGAUCGUUCCGUGGCUGAACUUUUGCCCACACGCCCAAAAUGACGGCUUUGGGAGCGCAAUAGCAAACCACAGUGGGUGGUACGCUUCGGAUUUGUAUAUGGUGGAGCUGGUUUUUCACAGGCGGAUGAUGGAAUACCCAUGCCUGGUGGACUCCAUGGAAGCAGCCGAUGCGUUUUAUGUGCCGUAUUAUAGUGGCCUGGAUGCGUUGCGGUUUCUGUACGGGUCUGACAGGGGCAAGGCGGGUGAGCACGGGUCGGAGCUCGUGGCUUGGCUGGAGGAAAAUGGCGGGUCGAGGUGGAGGAGAAAGGGCGGGGCAGAUCAUUUUGUUGUGACGGGUCGGACCGUGUGGGAUCUGUGUGCUGCCACUCCCGGGUGGGGCACGGGUCUGUUAGAGCUCGGGGCAUUGCAGAAUGUAACGGUUCUGUGCGUUGAGGGUAGAACGUGGGUCACCCGGGAACAGGCCGUUCCGUACCUGACGUCAUUUCACCCGGGCUCGGUCGAAGAGCUGGGCAUAUGGACGGGCCGGGUCGGGUCGGCGGAGAGGAAUUUUUUGUUUGCUUUUGUCGGUGGGGAGCGCAAAGAUGUGGGGUUGAGGCAGGCGAUCAUAUGGCAGUGUAGGAAUUCGUCGAGGUGUGAUUUUUUGAACUGUGGGCAGAUCAAGUGCAGUCACAGGCCGGUGGCGGUGAUGGAGAAGUUGUUGACGGCGGAGUUUUGUUUGCAGCCGCCGGGUGAUUCGCCCACCCGACGGUCCACAUUCGAUGGCUUGAUUGCCGGGUGUAUUCCGGUCUUUUUCAGGAACGACUCUGCGUAUCAGCAGUAUACGUGGCAUCUUCCUAAGGAUACGGAUUCGUAUUCUGUGUUUAUACCCGAAGAUAGGGUUGUUCAUGGAGGGCUGCGGAUUGAGGAUGUUCUGGGUGAGUAUUCGGCAGAGAGGAGGGGGGAAAUGAGAGAGAAUAUUGUGGGGAUUAUUCCGCGUUUAGUUUACAUGAGCGUUGGGGCUUCUCAGGGCGUUGUGAAGGAUGCUUUUGAUGUGAGUUUGGAGGGUGUUCUUCGUAGGGCCGGGCAAGCCAAUCUUACAAUUCAAUAACUUCAAUUCAAAUCAAUUCAAUUCAAUUUGUUUCGAUCUAUGUAUAGAUUAUUCUUUGUUUUCUGUGCUUGUGGAGUGCCGGGUUUCUCUCACCAUAACAGUCAUUCCUUGUUGAAUUGUCCAUGGAUUUUGAUAUGAUAUUUUUAGAUUGAUCAUCCAAAUUCAUAAUUGAUCACUUAAUGGAUCUUCAUGUAUGGAAGAAUUCUUUGUCCAUCCUUUGCAUUUUCUUGUUCUUGGAUAUUUUUAUACUUCUACCCAAUGUCUCGAGGAAGACUUUCUCAUAUUGCUCUUCAUGGGAUUCUUUUUAAGUAUUUAAUUUGAUUGAUCAUUUAAAUUCAUAAUUGAUUGAUCACUUAAUGGAUCUUCAUAUAAGAAAGAGUUCUUUGUCCAUCCUUUGGAUUCUCUUA